CACGUGCAAGAAUCCUAAUUAUAUAUAAACGAACCUAGGGUACGCCAAUUUCUCAUCACCAUUACUUUGUUUUGUUCGUCAAAUUAAUUUGAAAAUUCUCCAAGAAUCUUCUUCCCUUCAAACGAACGCCUUUUCAAUAUUCUCUUGCACCGAUUUAGUCGAGCGAUCAUGGCCCAAACGGAUCUCAAUCAGCCGAAAUUGGAUAUGACCAAGGAGGAGAAAGAGAGGUUGAAGUACUUGGAAUUUGUGCAAGCUGCUGCUGUGGAAGCAGUGCUUCGCUUUGCUCUCAUUUACGCAAAGGCAAAGGACAAGUCUGGUCCUUUGAAACCAGGUGUUGAAUCCGUUGAAGGAGCUGUCAAGACUGUGGUCGGUCCUGUGUACCAGAAAUACCACGACGUCCCCGUCGAGGUCCUUAAGUACAUGGAUCAGAAAGUUGACAUGUCUGUGACCGAGCUUGACCGCCGUGUCCCACCAGUAGUCAAACAAGUGUCUGCUCAAGCCAUCUCAGCUGCUCAGAUAGCACCCAUUGUGGCCCGUGCUUUCGCCUCUGAGGUUCGACGUGCUGGCGUUGUGGAAACAGCUUCUGGGAUGGCUAAGUCCGUGUACACCAAGUACGAGCCCGCUGCUAAGGAGUUGUAUGCAAGCUAUGAGCCAAAAGCAGAGCAAUGUGCGGUUUCGGCUUGGAAGAAGCUGAACCAGCUGCCUCUGUUCCCAAGGCUGGCUCAAGUCGCUGUACCAACAGCUGCUUUCUGCUCUGAGAAGUACAAUGAUACGGUGGUGAAGGCUGCAGAGAAGGGGUACAGGGUCUCAUCGUACAUGCCAUUGGUUCCUACAGAGAGGAUCUCAAAGAUCUUCGCCGACGAGAAGGCUGAGACCCAGGCUUUGGAGUUUCAUCCACUUGAUUGAUCUUGGUGUUUUGUUAGUGUUUGGUUGUGAUUGAGGAGAACCGGAUCGUGGUUAGCGAGUGAUCCCUGGUUCUGGUUCUUUUGUUUCUUCGUUUUUGAUAUUUCCUUGUUUCUUCGAAUUUUCGUUUAAUACAAUGCCAAAAAAAUAACAUAUAAUAUAUGGUGGGAUCUUGUUGUAUAAAAACUUUCUUUUAUUUGUGAUGGAACAUCUAAAACCUAAAGUGAUGUAACACCAGAGUGAUAUGUUAGGUUUGAUUGAUAUUGAGACACAGCUCUCGCAACUCGCAAGUGUUCAAUUGACAAUUGCACACAAUUUUUAUAUCUAUCUAUGAAAUAUAUAUGACAAAGGUAAAUGUUUGAAAUCAAAGAAUUGUAUGAGGAAAAGAAAAAAUGAACCAAGUUCACUUUAAAAAAAAAAACAAAAUGCAGACCAAAACCAGUUCCUAUCUUCACGAGUUCAUCCAUACGACAUGUACAGAUUUGUUAAAGACACAAACACUUAACUAAUCAUGAAAUUUUUAUACUUGCUAAUUAUAAAAGAAUUUGCACCCCAAAAAAAGGUUAAAUCAUAACUAGGAAGAAAAAAAACAAUCGUAUAUUACACAUAAACAUUACGUAUAUAUAUGGGCCCAUGACUGAUCCACAGUUUCCAAAACUUGAUCCAAAUGCUAUUGUGCGCGGAAUUCACCGCCGUUCACGUUAGCAUUCCAAACCCUUCGCACCUCCGACACGAUUCUUUGCCAAAUUCUUUUGACCCGCAAGAGGUUCCUCAGCCUUGUUUUAAACUGAAUCACACAAGUGGUUAAGCUUUCGCGCUGCUUUGUUUAAAUAGAAUCAGGAUUCAGAAUGGGAAUUCAUUGGCUCGACAAGGCAGAUCUAUGGAAGAGUGCACUGUUGUUGAAGCUCCAGCUCCGUGAUCGAUUUCGAAUCGCCGUCGACGAUCACCGUGGUCGAGCGGCGGUUUUCUCAACUGACGGCUACUUCUCUUCCACCAUCCACCGCUUCGUGGCUCGAUUACGAAUCUUCCGCCGGGAGUCUCUCCCCUCUCCCCCAGCUUUUUAUCGCAGACGAGUCCCCAAAGAUUUGACGGCAGAAGAAGAGUCGGCUCUCUUCCGGAUGCUUCAAGCUGUGGCAGUUCCCCUUAUUGGAAACGCUUGUCAUGUUUUCAUGAAUGGUCUUAACCGUGUUCAGGUGUAUGGUUUAGAGAAAUUGCAUGAUGCUUUGCUCAACAGACCGAAGAACAAGCCUCUUAUAACGGUUAGCAAUCAUGUCGCUUCCGUGGAUGAUCCAUUUGUGAUUGCUUCGUUACUUCCCCCUAAACUUCUACUCGAUGCCCGUAAUUUGAGGUGGACGCUUUGUGCUACCGAUAGAUGCUUUAAAAACCCUGUAACUUCAGCUUUCUUUCGGUCUGUCAAAGUCUUGCCAGUUUCUCGCGGUGAAGGAAUUUAUCAGCAGGGCAUGGACAUGGCAAUAUCGAAAUUGAACAGUGGCGGGUGGGUUCAUAUCUUUCCGGAAGGAAGUCGCUCCCGGGAUGGUGGCAAGACUAUGGGCUCAGCAAAAAGAGGCAUUGGAAGGUUGAUUUUGGACGCAGACACUCUCCCUAUGGUUGUUCCAUUUGUGCACACUGGUAUGCAGGAUAUCAUGCCCGUGGGAGCCAAUGUUCCACGUAUUGGCAAGACAGUGACAGUGAUCAUUGGUAACCCGAUUCACUUUGACGACCUUCUCGGGACUGAGGAAGCUGAAAGCGUUUCGAGGAAACACUUGUAUGAUGCUGUAUCUUCGAGAAUCGGACAGAGACUGUACGAUUUAAAAGCUCAAGUCGACAGAGUAUCGCUGGAACAGCAGUCGUUGACGUCACAGGACGCCAAAACAUCCUCAGACUGCGCUGCCGAUAUCUUUCACCGGGUUGAUUGGGACUCAUUCGGGAUGGGGGCACACUUCUCAGAAGGAUCAUCAACCAUUAAUAAACAACGAAUUCCACAAACCAAUGACUGUGUUGUCUCCAAUUCCUUAGAUCGUCAGAUCCCCAAAAGGGGAUUCUCAUCUGAAGCAGGGAUGAGUACGAAGAUUAAGAAGUUCAUGGAUUCUACUGAGAACAUGGGUUUUGCUGCUAGAGGGUUGUUUGUGAACGAUUAUAAGACUAGGGGUGAAUCCGCCAACUCUGGUAAAAUCCGGCCUUUAAAUGCAUGGAGAGAGUAUUUGGAAGUGAACCAUGAAUUACACCACUCGACGACUACACAUUAGGAUCAUUAGUUUUGUAACUAGCCUAUAUGGCACAAAUGUUUUCUUUUUUACUAAUCUAAUUUAGAUCUAGAUUUUCGUAUUUUUCUUUCCUCAUCAUGUCUUCUUGCAUCUCAUUUUCUUGUUUAGGGGUAGCUGUUGCAAUUAUAAAGACAAAUUCUAAACUUAUAUAUCCAUAGAAAAGGAGGAAUGUGUAGAUUUAUACUGUUUAAUGUGUG